UUUUUUUUUUGUUAAAAGUGGAAAGGAGAAUAAUGUAAGGGGCAGAGGGAGAGAAAGAGAGAGAGGGUGAUGGAGGCACUUGCCGCACUGCAAGCCUCAUAUGGAGGAGACGCUUCCUCCGAUUCGGACACUGAUGACGCAACUCCAGUCCCUACCAACUCCAAGGAAUCCCCAAGCCCUUUGCCCCCACCUCCUCUCUUCCUUAACCCUUCCAAUUCCACUCCCGUCGGGACAAUGGACUGCCUGCAAGCUGGACAGGCCGCUAGAGUUAGGAGCUUUCCCCAUGUAGAAGGGAACUACGCUUUACAUGUGUACAUUCCUGUUUACAUACCAUCUGUACCAAAGAAGGAGCUGACCUUGUUUUUGAAGAAGCUAGCAUCUCUUGUACCUGGCCUUCAUGUUGUUGAUGUUGAUGUUCCCCUUAACAGUCUCUAUAAGGAUGAUCACAAGCUUGAACAAGUUGCCCUAGGAAGGGAAUUCCACAUUAGUUUGGGAAGAACUGUUCCCAUUCGGGCGCACCAGAUUGAUUCAGUGGUGGCAAUGCUUCGGCAGAAGCUUCAAUUCCAGAAGCGGUAUUGGAUUGAUUUUAGUAAGUGGCAAGUUUUUGUUAACGAUGAUCAUACACGUACCUUUUUAUCAAUGGAAGUUAUUACAGGAGGAUUAGCUGAGAUAAGAAAGCAAAUUCACUCUGUUAAUGAAGUUUAUAAGCUUCACAACCUUCCUGAGUUCUAUAAGGAUCCGCGGCCACAUAUAUCCUUAACUUGGGCAUUGGGUGACAUCAGCGAUUCCCUAGAGAGGGUGGUUGAAGAAGAAAUUAGGAGAUUCAAUGUUGGGAGCUCAUUACAUAAACGCAUUUUUACCAGUAAGUUUGGUGGUAUCGAGUGUAAGAUUGGUAAUAAAACAUAUAAGAUAUGUAAAUUUCAAGAUGAAUAACUAAGCCUCGUGAUUGAAUA